AUGCCUCGACUGCGUUCUACUCUCAUCUACAAGGAGGAACAGCAUGCUUCCAGCUACAGAACUGCAGGAUACCAAGCGCUUCGGCGUACCUUCCUCUGUUUCGCGGCUCGAACCUCCCAAAUCCACCUGCGAGCAAAAAAACGUCAAUUCACUCGACCAUACAAAGCUUACAUUCUUGCCCUGCUUCUGGUAUUUUCUGUCAACGACGGUCACGAUAAUCCGAACCCGCCCACUCAACUCCCCAUCACAAUGCGCCUGAUCAACGUCCUCCUACUGCUCGCCCUCGCCGGUUCCGCCCCAGUCCUUGCGCAAAUCCACUGCGAAGCCUGCUGCAUCUGCGAUCCUAUCUGCCGUAACCCCUGCGAGUCCGAGGCACCGAAUUGCUGUGGUCCUGAAGGCGCACCGGGAGUGAGCGAGCUCUAA